UCUUCGGAAAUGGGAGGCGGCCAAGGCGGCAGGCGGCGGGAGGGCGCUGCGAUGGGCGAGCGCACAGGCACGGGCGGCGGCGCCUGAACCCGGGGGCGCUGGGGGGGACGCCGCUGACAGACACCGCUUGGAGCGCGGUUCUCUUUUCCCGCUCCCCGAUCUUUGAAGUCCCGGGGAGAAGAAGGAAGAGGAGGAAAGGAAGGAGGAGUUGCUGGUUGCCACAGCUGGCUCUCUGAGUCUCUCCUCCACUCCUUCUUCUUCUUCAUUCCUUCCUUCAUUCGACCUCCCUUCCGGAGCCCGAAAUUGCCAGGAACUCAUUGCAUACCUGGAUAAAGUUUCUUGCUGAUUAUUUUUUCUGAGGAGUGCAAUUCUUUGAGGCUCUUACCUCAGUCCCUCAAGGAAUAGCAGAGUGGGAAAAGGUACAAAAGUUAAUGUUUUCAUCCACCCGGACGAAGGAGAAUGGGGACCCUACACCCAAAAGAAUGAAGACUCGACAGAAUAAAGAUUCUAUGUCAAUGCGGAGUGGUCGAAAGAAGGAGACUCCGGGGCCCCGAGAGGAGCUCAGAACCCGGGGUCGAGCAUCUCCUGGUGGUGUCAGUACUUCCAGCAGUGAUGGCAAAGCUGAGAAAUCACGACAAACUACCAAGAAAGGUCGUGUGGAGGAAUCAAUGGCACCUAAAGGAAGCAAGCAAAGUCGAUCAGAGGAGAUUUCAGAGAGUGAAGGAGAGGAUACCAAUGCUGCAAAGAAAACUAAAACAGAAGAGCUGCCAAGACCACAAUCUCCUUCAGAUGUGGACAGCCUAGAUGGCCAUAGCUUCAACGAUGAGACAAGCAGUGACCCACGAGACAUUGAUCAAGAUAAUCGAAGCACCUCUCCCAGUGUCUACAGCCCUGGCAGUGUGGAGAAUGAUUCUGAUUCCUCCUCUGUGCUUUCACAAGGACCCGCCCGCUCUUAUCAUCACCCCCCGCUCUUUCCCCAGAGCCCCUCGCCAGCUCCCCUCCCAGAGGGCCUUGCACGUCCCCCAGAAUCCAACUUCAGCUUAUCAGGGGAGGUUCAUCCUCAGGGCCCCCCAAGUGGCUACCAAUCUCAAAUUGAAGCCCAGGCUUCAAGGAUUUUCCAGGCGCAGGGCCAAGCCCCACCAGUUCCCACUCCUUCCACCAACUCCUCCUCCUCCCCCUCUUCUUCGUCCUCUUCGUCCUGCACAAUGCAUACUUCUCUGUACCCCAAUGCUAAUGUGGUCCAACUGGGGCCCAAAGUUGUGAGUGCAGGAGUGGGGAUUCCAACACCAAGCGUGCGUGAGCAGUCCCUCGGUACUAAGCACAACCCACCUCCAACUACUCCCAUUUCAUUAGCCUCUGUGGCAGGUGGCUUGCCUCCUCAGAAGACACCUCCAAACAAUUCCCCAUCAAUAAUUCCUUCUGCUGCUGCGACUUUCCCGCAUGUGCUAGCCAAUCUGCCUCCGCCUCCAGCUCUGCGCCCUCUAAAUAACAUGUCUGUGACCUCCAGCUCACCAGGAGUGGUGGGGCAAGCAUUAAGUGGACAUCUUUCAUCACCCCAUGCAAUAGGGCAGGAUAAGUCACCCGUCCCUUCUCGUUAUCCCUAUGCCCCCCCUCCUCCUCCACCCCCCAACUCUUCUGCUCAGUAUCCCCUUCCUCCCCCUUCCCAGGCAUUGCCCAGUUACAGUUCAUCAUAUGGCCACUCCUUUCCACCACCCAGCAGCCUCUCUGUAUCCAGCCAACCGCCCAAGUACACACAGCCCUCCAUGCCCUCCCAGCCUGUAUGGAGUCAAGGCCCACCACCAUAUAGCCGCCCACUAGGGAACACUAACUCUCAUCCUCCUGCCUCCUUUCCUGGUCAGUCCACUCAUCACCAGCAGCAGCAGCAGCACCAUCACAACCACAGCAAUGGUGCUGGUCUCUCUCCAGCAGCAGUUGCCACACCCCAGACAUCUAGUAGUUAUUCCCACCCGUUAGAACCAGGUCCACAUCACCCUCCUCAUGCUGCCUAUGGGCUACGCCUCUACCCACCCCAUAGCCAUGCUACAUACAGUCAGGCUCCUUCUGCAUCUUCCUCUUCUUCUUCCUCCUCCUCUUCUUCCUCCUCUUCUUCUUCCUCCUCCUCCUCUUCCUCUUCCUCAUCCCAGGGGACAUACUCUGGACUCUGUAGCCACCCUCAAGGGCAGAGCACAGCUGCCUAUGCCUUUCCUCCUCCCCCUCCCCCUUCACCUGCCCAUGGGGCUGGACCCCCAGUCACUUCUGCUUCAGUUACCCUCUCCACUGUCAUAACCACAAUGGCCUCUUCUUCUACAGCUCCGUAUAAGACAGCAUCGCCUCCAGUUGGAGCCCCAACGACAGCCCCUUAUGGGAAGCGCACAGCUUCUCCAUCUCCUACUUUCCAGCCGCCAGCUCCAUACAAGCCAGGGUCUCCUCCUGCAUCCUCGGCAUCCUCCUUCCGUGUAGCCACGCCCCCAGGAUACAGAUUAAGCUCUUCUCCGGCAGCAGGUGGCUACAAGGCCUCCUCACCAGCCCCCAUCGUCCCUCCUGCCUCUGGAAGUAUGGCUGCCCCUGCCCCACCCUUGCCUCCCCUGCCACUCAGUGCUGCACAAAUCAAGCAAGAGCCUUCAGAAGAAUUUGAGCCCCCUGAUAGCCCAAUGCCUCCAAUACGGAGUCCUUCCCCAGCUCCCAAAGUGGUGGAUGUCCCAAGUCAUGCCAGCCAAUCAGCCAGGUUCAACAAACAUCUGGAUCGUGGCUUUAAUUCUUGUUCACGGACUGAUCUCUACUUUGUGCCCCUGGAUGGCUCUAAACUGGCCAAGAAACGAGCUGAUCUUGUUGAGAAAGUGCGCAGAGAGGCUGAACAGAAGGCCAGGGAAGAGAAAGAGAGAGAAAGAGAGCGGGAACGAGAGAAAGAACGGGAAAGGGAGAAAGAAAGGGAACUGGAACGAAGCGUGAAAAUUGCCCAAGAGGGCCGACCAGUAGAUUGUCCAUCUCUUGGCCCUGUUCCUCAUCGCCCAUCUUUUGAGCAAGGCAGCGCUGUAGCGACUGUCCCACCAUACCUGGGUCCUGACACGCCAGCCCUUCGCACCCUCAGCGAGUAUGCCCGGCCUCAUGUCAUGUCUCCAAGCAACCGGAAUCACCCCUUCUAUGUCCCGUUGGGUGCAGUUGAUCCAGGAUUGCUUGGUUACAAUGUGCCAGCCAUCUACAGCAGCGACCCAGCCACGCGGGAGAGAGAAUUGCGAGAACGAGAAGCCCGUGAACGAGAUCUCAGGGAUCGCGACCUGCGUGAGCGUCUUAAGCCUGGCUUUGAAGUUAAACCAGCUGAGUUGGAGCAGCUCCAUGCCGUCCCCAGUGCUGCAAUGGAUCCUUUCCCACGGCAUGGUGGGCUGGCUCUCCAGGCAGGUCCAGGUCUCCACCCUGCUUUUCCCUUCCAUCCAGGGCUGGGCCACUUGGAGCGAGAACGGCUAGCCCUGGCGGCUGGCCCGGCUUUGCGCCCUGACAUGUCUUAUGCCGAGCGAUUAGCAGCUGAACGACAGCAUGCCGAGAGAGUGGCUGCUCUGAGCAACGACCCCUUGGCUCGGCUGCAGAUGCUCAAUGUGACCCCCCAUCAUCACCAGCACUCCCACAUCCACUCCCACCUCCAUCUCCACCAGCAGGACGCUAUCCAUGCAGCUUCUGCUUCUGUUCACCCUCUUAUUGAUCCACUGGCUUCUGGGUCACAUCUCACCAGAAUACCCUACCCAGCGGGCACUAUACCUAAUCCACUUCUGCCUCACCCACUCCAUGAAAACGAAGUCUUGCGCCACCAGCUUUUUGCUGCUCCCUACAGAGACCUGCCUGGCUCUCUGUCUGCCCCAAUGUCUGCAGCACACCAGCUCCAAGCCAUGCAUGCACAGUCAGCAGAGCUGCAGCGCUUGGCCCUGGAACAGCAGCAGUGGUUGCAUGCCCAUCACCCUCUGCAUGGGGUGCCACUUCCCACACAAGAGGAUUACUACAGUUGCUGCUGCAGGAAGAAGAAAGAACUAAAAGUUGCAGGUUUGGGGCACAACUAAGGCUGGUAGAAUGGAUGGCAACUAACUCUCCCCCAAUAGUCACCUGAAAAAAGAAAGUGACAAGCCCCUUUAAAUGGAUCCCAUUCCCCACAAUGAUGUCAUUAUCCUUUGUUGCUGUUUCUUCUUCUUGGAGAGGAAUAUCAACUCAUCAAACUCUGGAUGAGGGAGAAGCUACCUAGUGACACAAUUCCCUAAAUCAUUCAACAAAUCCAAACAACCGUGGUGGGAGGGAGAAGGGUAGUACAAGGGAAAAUAUGAAAGAUCAAAAAGGAUUUUGGACAAAUGGCUCGACAUUCCCUUGUUUCAGUAAGAAAAGGUAUGAAUUAUCAUGCAUUCCUUUUCUCCCUGCCAUGUCCCUCCACCACCACUCUCUAGUCCUAAGGUGGAUGACACUAAAAGCAUAAUGGGGCUAAAUGGGGCCUCCCUUUUUUGUACCUUGACAACCAGAUGGUUUUGAGGAACACUGCAUUGUCAGACUUUCAAGAAGGCAUUAUCAUGUUCCUCUUCAACCCUUGAAAGACUGGGCCAAGUUAAGAGGUGCAUAGCACUUCAAGAUGGUUUCAAGAGAGCAGCUGCUUUUUUAUCCAUGCCUUGAGGGAACUCUGAUGAUUCUGGAAAAUACUGUGGAACGACAGCAGUGUGUUUCCCUCUCAUUUCAUUAGUGAGGGAGAUUAAUAUGGCCACACAGUGCAAAGCAUGGUUGAAAUUGUCUCUGAUGGCAACUGCUCCUUUUCCCUUCACCCAUUCCAGUCGAUGUACUCAUGCACAUCCCGUUAGACGUGGCAGUUUUGCGUAGCAAUUUGUGAAUCCUUGAUCUUCCCAUGUGUGUGUCUAAUUUCACAGUUGUAUAUCUUGAUCUGUCCUCAUAUAUAUAUUUACAUAAGAACAUUAAAAGAAAGUCAAUUAUGGGAGAAGAAUCUCCCUACACAACCAGUUCCACCCAGCACACACAUGGGUGUGCAGAUGCACGCGCGCGAACACACACACACACACACACUCUAAUUUAUAUAUAAAUGCAGCUCUUAAAGAACAAAACCAGCCAAGUAGCCAAAAAAAAAAGCCUUCCAAAAUGUUUUAAUGUUUGCUUUCUGCAUGCCAUGGGGCUAUUAUUAUGAAGUAAUCAAGAUUUUAAAAUUACAUUCCCUGCUAGUUUGUUGCAAAGCAGGGAAAUGAAAAAAGAUACCUUGAAAAUGAUCUAUUAUUCUCUGCUGGAGUGGAAUAUAAUAUCUUUUCCCAUUAUUUUUGCAGCUCGGUAGGGUCCUUGUAUUGGCAAUUGCAUGGAGUUCUUGAAAUUAGCACCUUGGAUAAUUGCAGCACCUUGUGAGUUUAUCAAGGAUUCAUUAUAUUCAGUCUGUAUAGUAGAGGAGUGCACAUAUGAGAGCAUGACUUGGUCAGCUGUACACAGAUUUGACUUGUGGGAUCCUGUUCAUGACAUCCUGAGCAUUGAUUUAUGUGGAUGGGACACUCUUCCAUCACGUAGAGAAAAUCCUUGCCCUGGUGAGGGAAUGAAGCACCAGAAAUGAUAAAUAGAAAUUACUAGCUCCCCUCCCCCAGUACCUUUUAACAACCAUAUCCCCAGCAAUGAGAUUUGUGAAUUACUGAUCACUUUAGCAUGGCCUUUAAAUUGGUGAUGAAAAAUCAGCAAGAAUUGGGGAAAGAUAGUGGCACUGGACAUUUUCUCCUCUGCUAGCAGAGAAAAGGGACACGAGAUUAAAGGGAUGAGGCCAUACUUAAUUACCUUUAAUCUCAGAAUGUCUUUAAGAUGCUUGGCCCGAAUCACAUUCUUUGGAAUGCAAGCAGCUUUUGCUGAAGAUCUACUCCCUCCCCCUCCCCCCCAGUAUAAAGACACCCUUUAUUAGUAGACCUGAGCUAGGGGAAUGUGUCAAAGGUCCUUCAAGUGGAGUAAGUAUGCAGCUGCGAGUGGGCACAAUUGCCCACAGGUGGCAAACUGAUAAAGGCAUCCUCUGGGCAAAGCAAGAGAUGGCAUGAAGUCAACCGGAUGCUUUGUGCCACCUUCCUUCAUAGGGCAGGUCCUCGGGUUUAGAGGAUUAAAAACACUGAAGAAACGGGGCGUGUAUAUAAACUGCACACACUACAGCGUUCUUGUAUAGAAAUUCCCUGGCGUGAAGAGCCCAUUCAAAAACCUCAACCUACUAGAUCCCCAAAAAUGAUUCGCUGUUUUCCCAUCCUUUCUCCGCUUCGCUUGACUUAGACACCAAAAAAGGGGAACGAUAUGGCCGGAGCAGCUCGGCUUCCUCACGGAAAAAGCCAAACUGCAACUCCUUCCGGCCGUUUCAAAGUUCGGAGCUUCCUUUCCGGCUCCCCCUCUUCCCCGUUUCGUCAUUGGCCGGGCGCGGUCUUAAAACUCUGGCCAAUAAAAAACGAUCUAUUUAGCAUACAGCUUUUACGGUGCCCAAAGCUUAAAUUUUUAAGAAAUAAAUACAGAAUUCCCGCGGGAGAUACGGUGGGGCCUUCUUUUUUUAUAUAAUUGCUUUUAUACUGCCAGCGAUGGGAUAGAAUGCGCAUUCAUAUUUUAUUCACCAAUACCUGAAACGUGUUUUGUUCUCCGUGGGUGAAUGCCGCGCGCCCUUCCAUCUCAGUGACUUCAGCUCUUUUUGUAUUUGUCUAGAAGGCUUUCUGCUGUGGCGGAGAGCCUCCCAAAUUUCGUUAAAGUAAGAUAUGUAUCUAUGUAAGAAAUUAAAAGGCUGCGAAGUGCG